AUGGAUGACACCGGGCACCCCUUAAACACAAGCCCCUCCGUCAACCUGUCGGAACACCCAUUCCAGCUAGAUUACGAGAGAUGGGAUGGAGAUAUGCUGGCUUCCAAGGAGCAACAAGCCCAGUUCGCCAGGUACCGCGCUGGCCACCAGGCCGUUCUCCCGGACCAACAGUCUGACACCCACCCGCGUCUUCAGCCGUACAAGGCUGGAGUUGACAAGCUCAGGAAAGCUGGUCUCAAGGCCCCGGCCGGGAUCUUCGAUCCGACGGAACCCAUUCCUAGGGCGAAGUCGGGUCGCCCCGCCACUCCCGCCGUCGAAGACGAGCUCGACGAGGCAUCCGAAGAGGGGGCGCGCUUACGCCACAGUGGGACAAAGAGGCUGAACAGUGGGCGUGUAGGAGCUGCUUAUACAACCCGAAAGGCGCAGCUUUGUUGA